AAAACACAAAAAAAUGGCCAUCCUCGAGAAAUCUACAAAACUUGCUCAAACAACGAUGUUCAGGCAGAUUCUGAAGAGAUGUUCGAGUUUGGGGAAGAAGAAUGUAGGAGGAGGCUAUGAAGAAAAUGAUCUCCCACUUGAUGUACCAAAGGGACACUUUCCUAUCUAUGUAGGACAAAACAGGAGCAGAUACAUAGUUCCUAUCUCCUUUUUGACCAACCUUGACUUCCAGUGUCUCCUCAGAAGAGCUGAGGAAGAGUUUGGUUUUAAUCACGACAUGGGUCUCACCAUUCCUUGUGAUGAACUCUUCUUUCAAGAUCUGACGUCCAUGAUCCGAUGAAAUCUAUAUAGUCGUAACAAGAACCCAAAGAAUAAGUAAGCUGAAGGAGAUGGAUAUGGUUAAAGAUGAAGUUACUUUUUCUACUUUUUGUAGCUUCUCUUUUCUUUUCUUUUUUAAACAUCCUCUCUCUUUUCUUUAGUUUAAUGACUCAUGUCUUUCCU